AUGAAAAAUCCAAUCAAUGAAUAUAUAGCGAAUUUUCCACAAAAUUCCAAUAAUAUUAAAAAUUUAUGGGAAGAAAGUGAAAAUGCUCAAAAGCGUGCGCAAGCGGAAUAUAAAGUAAUACGUCAAUUAGCUGACGAGAUUUUUGAUCAAGCUAAGGACGAAAUGUCAAAACUACCAACGUUUGAUAUUUCACGUUUUCAGAAGGUAUUUUCAGCAGCAACAGGUGGUUACAGUGGUAAUGGCUAUGAUUUAAAUCCAUUUCAAUCAAUGAAUGACAAAUUUCAUAAACAAUCCGAUAGGCAUAAAAUUUUAAAAAAUGAAAAACAAAAAUUGAAAAGCGGUAAAGUUGUAAGAAAUUUAGAGAAAUGGCAUAAUGAUAUGAUUGGACAUUGGAUUAAAAAACAUUUGCCAAAAGAGCCUAGAAAUAAUGAUACUAGUUAUGAGUUAUUUGGUGCACUACCAAAAUUUGAUCCAAGAUUUCCAUUUGAUCGAGCAUUUAAAUUAAUGGAUGAUCUUCAACCACCUGAUAUGUUCAAAUUUUCAACAAAUAAUUUUCAUAUUUGA